AUGGACCUAGUCGAGGCUGGUGAGUUGAGAUCUAUGCAAUUAAAUGAACUAGAUGAACUCAGGUUGUAUGCUUAUGAUAACUCCUUGUUGUACAAGGAACGAACUAAAGUGUGGCAUGACCGUAGGCUUAGAACGAAGGAUUUUAAAGUAGGAGAUAAGGUUUUGUUGUUCCUUUCUAAGUACAAGUUCAAGCAACCCAAGUUGACAUCUAGGUGGACCGGCCCCUUUGUGAUCAAACAUGUCUAUCCAUCUGGUUAUGUGGAAUUGUUUAAAUCGGAUGGCACUUCUUUUAUUGUCAAUGGUCACAGGUUAAAGUUUUACCAUGAGGAGGAAGAAAUUGUGGGAGUCGUCGUUGACGAGCUUCCCUUUUUCGACAUGAAGCAAUGA